AUGGCUCACAGCGACAAGCCCCGCCAGGAUCUCACAGAGGACAGUGAGUACAUUCUACCUGCUAUCCCAACUAUGGAAUCCGAGUUUCUAAAAUGGCCUCCAAUUUGGAUGGACCCUCACCAGAAAGAAUUCUUACAAAAGAUAAGUGAAAUCCUAAUUCUUCCAAUGUCUACAACCAAACAGCGUUUCGAGAUCUCGAAACAAAUUGAUGAUUUACAAUUUCUCAUCGAUAAGUUGGAAGAAACCAUUGAAGAACCAGAGGGAUCUCCAAUUCUACUCAAAAAUAUCCUUGGCAUUCGAAACGCUAUCCCAAUGCUAGCUGACAUGCUCCGUGGAUGUAAUGCGCCAAAUGAGACGGAAUUUCACGAUACGACAACCAUCAAAAACGCCAUUAUCAUUCUCCAUGCUCAUGUUGUCCGUCUCAGACAGCCAGAAGCCGAGGGCUAUAUUGAUAUGGACAAAGAUCGUAACGAGAAUCCAAACCAUCCUACGCACUGUAUUGCAGCUGGGUUGAAAUUGUAUACUAACGAGGCCGUAGCAAAUAGUCUGGACGACUUCCCUGAACCUGACGAAUUACUUGAUACUGAUCUUGAGAUAAUAAUCGAAAAACAUCAGCCGGCCCUGGUUAAACUUUGGCAAACUAUUCACUGUCAUUGUCCUGAAUGUUUCCCGGAGCGUGAUUCUGACGGCUCCUCGAAAUCUAGCAAGGUAAUUGGAGCUAGACUAGGCCGGCUUGCACUAAGCAUGUUCAAGACUGCAAUCGAUGCUAUAGGGAAGGGUGACGGGAUGUAUGAUCGUCCAACUCCAGGAGCAAAGUCCACUCCUAGGUAUCAGCCCUGA